AUGAUUUGUUUAAAGUUAAAAAUUUUCUUUUCUUUCUUAAUUUUAUUUCAAUUAAGUGAAUCAACUCAUGUUGAAGAAGAUUAUGAUUAUGGUGAUAAUGAAGCAUUAGAAGAAUGUCCAUAUGAAAUUGAUUUUAAAACAUAUAAAAAAAGUGGUAAACUUGAUUUAUGUUCAACAUUAGUUACUCCAUCAUUAAAAACACGUUUACAAUUACAUGUUUAUGCAAAUCAUACAGAAGAAAGAAUUCAUAUACGUGCAGUAUCAUCAUCAUUAACAAAUUCAAAUUUAAAUAAAUCUUUAUUAACAUUAACAACAGAUAUUAUUGAAGAUUUAAAAUAUGCAACAAGUUUAUUAAUAAUUGAUGAUUAUCAAUUAUUAUCUUUAGCUAAACUUCAAUCAAUUGUAACAUCAUUAAUUAAUAUUGAUUUAAAUUUACUUAGUAAAAAUUUAAAGAAAAUAUUAAUUCUAGCUAAAGGUGGACAUAAAGAUAUUCUUAGUUGUUCAGGAAAUAUUUAUCCAAAACAAGAUGCAAAAAAAUUAAAUAUAACAUCAACAUUUAUAAAACCAAUAGCAUGUACAAAAGAAAAACAACAAGAUAAAUUUUUUACACUUCAAGAAAAAAUUUAUUUGGAUCAAAAUAAUCAAAAAACUUUUCAAUUAGUUGAUAUUCAUCAAGAUGAUCAAAAUAAAAUUAGUCGAACAACAUGGUAUACAUGUAAUAAUCCAGCAUCAUGUUCAAUUGGCGUACAAAAUAAAAAAAUGUUAGAUAAAACUGUUAAUUAUGUUUUAAAAUCUUUACAAAAAGGUCGAACAAAAAAAUUCACUUCAGCUGGUUAA